AUGGAAGACUUGCUGCAAUCGCUCGCCCGAGUCCAGGCUGGCCGGAGGAUUUGGGAAUAUCUUGAUCUACAAGACCAGUUUCAGGUGGCUCAGGUACACACGGCCUGGCUGCUGGACGUCCAAUGGUCCAUCUUCGGCGACAGCAUCCACCAGUUCAGUUGUGCAAGGGCGACCGACCUCAUUUGGGCUUUUCUUGUUCCUCGAGAUCGCAAAACCGUCCAAGCCGUACACGAGCUUUGGCAUAGCGAUAUUCGUUGGUUUGUUUACCAUGAAGGAGCAAACUAUGUUUCGAGUGAUGACACCCCCCGGGCAGCUGGUUAG